AUGAACUCGGACGGCCACGGUGCCCCCGAUUCUCCUCCAUCAUCCUUCUAUCAUGGACAGCACCAGGCGCCAUCUCCUUACAGCAUUGGAUCCCAUAGCCCGACUUCAAACGGAUCAUACCCUCCUGCCUAUGUCACAGCGGGUGCCCCAGGAUACAAUUCGCUGACACCUACACCACCAGCCACACCCCAUUAUGGAUUCUCGCAUACGCCUGACGGUCGAUAUACUGGCGCUUCAGUGCCUGUGUACGGCGACUAUUUUACAUUGCAAUCGCAGCAGUCCUCGGCUGGUGCCCGUCCCAAUAACCGCUACCUCGGUUCACCUUCGACGCCACCAACACCUACGCCCUCGACUCGCUCGCGAAAGACCCCUUACCAGCCCCGCGCUGCCAGGUCGACGGAACUUGGGGUGGCAGGAGCCACUCCUGCUCCGAGACGAUUUCAAUGCCAUGAAUGCGAGAAGGCCUUUCCGACCAAGGGAGAGUUGGCAUCACACUCUCGCUGCCAUCUCAAGGUCCCUGCCUUCCUCUGCGGCAUCUGCGGAAGGCCCUUCAAACGCCGCACCGACUAUGUCCGUCAUGUCCGCAAUGUACAUGAGGAGGUUGGGCGCUACACCUGCAGUCGGUGCGGUGAACGGUUCGGUCGUUUGGAUAAGCUGAAGCGCCACGACAAGCGAGGCUGCGGUGCAGAUCCAGAGGAGGACGAGAAGUAG